AUGGAUGAGCGCUGUUUCUUGUGUGGUCGAUUUCCUUUCUUUUCAAAACUUUACGCUCUCGUCUUAGACCUACUCCCCCACUCGCCAUCUAGACGUCAGAUGAGGACGAAGCCAGAUCUCAGAGUCAACACAUCCCACAGAGUCCCAAGUCGCCGUCCCACAAAAGCUUACCGUGGAGCUGAAUACCCAUCACACGAAGAGGCAAUUGUGAGCCCCCUAACUGGGUACGAAGCCCCAAAUUACAAUACUGUCAAUGCCCAAAAGGAAGCAGCGAGGCCUAUCUCGCCUGUGGGAGCCUCUCAACGACGAAAGAAGGCAGUAUCCCAAUAUGAACUAAAACGACAGUCGCAACAGCUACUAUUCCAGGAAGCCGCCCUUCCUCCUGAGACCAUCCAUCACAAGAAGGCCGGCAAAACGCAGCAGGAAAGUUCGAAGGGGCAGCCUUCCCACUACAACUUCAGCAGGCCACCUGAGGUCUCAACAUUCCAGGUGCCGCCUGAAAAAAUUGGUCAUAAGUGGUCAGCACCACCUCCGUCUCAGCCGAAGCAAGCACGUCAAACGAGUCAAGGGCGAGGUGAUCGUAGCCCUUUCCCUCUCCAUCAACAAAAAUCCCGUGUCAAGCAGACGUCAAAACAUGAACAGUCUAGGCCUAAGCAACCACCAAUAACCACAAAGAAAGCCGCAGGGCAUCGCAAGCCGGUUCCAUCUCAGCAUCCGCAUCAACCUACGCAAGGCGACCAUCGUUCUCGCCCUCGCAAUGAGACACAGAAGGCCUAUCGUGAUAUGGAGAAAGGAUCUCGCGGCGAAAGAUCGCAGAGUUGUGUGGCUCGACACCGGUGGCUACUCUUCGUCAUGUUUAUUCUCAUUGUGGUUGGCGGAGGGGCUCUAAUCGGUGUUCUGGCGACGAAGAAGUCAUGA